ACACGGGUUGAACAAUGGCUGAACACCUGCCUCCUCGACGCAGGUAAAGGAAGUCAGCCAUUCAAGGCCGGCCUCCUCUACCUGUUUGUUUGAACAGCUGAAGCUGAGCUGUUUUCUUCAGGGAGUGGAAAAUGAAUGGAGCCUGCAGCAGAUGGGGGAGUGUAAUAACUGCUGCGAGCCACUUCCUGCUUUCACUACCACCGUUUGUUUCAGCUUACAGGAGAAGGCAGUUGCCACAGUUAUGGGUGUGCUAACUCUUCAGCUUUUGGUAUGGGGCCAGCUAAUAUUGUUUUUACUGGUCUUGAAUAAUAUAAUCGAUGCACAACAUACAAGUGAGUCACCCUCAAGCCUGAGUGCUAUGAUAGCUCCACCUCUGAAUGCAACAGGAAACCACAAAGAAAAUGUCUCAAAUUCAUCAAGCUAUUCAGCACAGAGUGAUAGUAUAACAACUCAAAACAACUUUACAACCCAAACGACCACUAUUGUCUCCAAUACUACUUUGGGACCCAACCAAAGCAAUGUAACAGGAUCAACAGGGCAGCCAAACACAACAGAAAAUGCUCAGACAACCCAAUCAGCCACAUCCUCAGCACUCAACAUCAGUUCAACAGCUGUCACUUCUACAGACAACACUACACAUAGCAGCAAUGGAAGUGCUAUAUCAAGCACUACACAAGUGACCAAACAAACUGCGAUUACUUCUACCACUGUAACUCAAAACAGCAUAACUUCUUUGAAUGAAUCUCAAGCAGGUGAUGGCCUGAAUCAUUCAGAGAAAUCUCUGACCAUUUUAUUCAGCAUUCUUUUUGGUGUAAUAGUUCUGGUAAUUCUGGGGCACUUAGUGUACAAGUUCGUCAGGAGCAAAGAGAGAAGUAUCCAAUAUACUCACCGCCGUCUCCACAAUGAAGAUGCAGGUGAGCCAUUUGCUGUGCCAGAUGACACGCUUGUCAUUUCAGGAGGACUCUAUGAUGGCCCUCAGAUUUACAACCCCACCAUGACAGUGCAGAACGAAGAAUUCCAACUAGACGCAACUGGAUUUGCUUCCAGACCCACUCAGUUCCGCUUGGAGUUUCUGAGAGAGAAUCAAGAGAGAGCAGACCCUGAUACUUCCACCUUUCAGACAUUCCCUGCACAUGACCAAGAGCCUUAGGAUCUCAUCAACAAACCUCUUUUUAUUAGUACAUACUGUAUAUAUAUAAAACUUUUUGAGCUAAAAAUGUUACUUUUACUUGAAGUUUCUAUGGAAAAAAAUAACUUGUUAAAAAAUUGAACCUUGAAAUUGAACUUUUGAAAUAAUGAAAUUAGUGAAGAUAACAGAAAACACAAAUAUAAAUACAAAUAUUUGUAAAAAAAAAACUACACAACUGAAACCAACAAUAACUGUACCAGGAACCUGAAUCUUUUGAUAAACAUUUUAAGGUACUAUAUUUUAACCAAACAUACUAUAAAGAGAAACUGUGUACUGAGAGAUUAGAAUAAAUAAUAUAAAUAUUUCUGCUUAUUUAAACAACAGUAGAAAUUGUAAGCAAUCAGAAGCUAUUGUAUUAUGAGUAUAUGUACUGUUAUAUGUAAGUUUUCUACAAGGAUAAUCACACAUUUUUGAUGCAAACACUUUUAAGCAAAGAUUUUGUCGGCUACUUUUUUUUUCUUCUUAUCUGAAUUGCUAACAGUGGUCCAUCCAGCAUCUCGCAUUCUCUUUAUUGCAGCCAAUUUCAGCACUGUUCCUGGAGACUUGCAUGGAAAAGAACUCUGCACCUGUACAUAAUUUGCACAUGAUGACUGUCAAAAGAAGAACAUUAAGGAAUCAAUUUGGACAAAACUAGUCAUACGUGAUUUUUGUUUACCUUCUUGAACAUGUCCAAACUCCCUGUGUCUAGGUAUUUUGGUUGCAUAGGUUUCUUUGAUUUAAUAGGUCUUGGAGAGAAACUCUGCACAACAGAUACAGGGGAUUAAGAAAGAGUAGCACAAAGCACAAUUGUAAGAAAUUACUUGAGUUGAUUGCAAAUAAAAAUGCAGAUCACUGUAAACAGUUUGUAUAUAGCACAAUACCAUAUAUGUGAAUAGUGUGAAUAGAUAAAAUUUACCAGUAUGUCA